CAUCCACGUCAACAUUUGACUGUCUACCACGACGUGUGUAGUACCUUCUCCGUUGCAACAACCAGUCGGUCUCAGCUGCACAGCAACAUGGCUCGUCUCCUGCUCCUCGCGACCUUGGCAGUUCUGUCCACACUUGCGGCGUGCAAUACUGACUGUUACACCAAGCAAGGGGGAACAGCAGUCUACAGUGGUACACAAUCUGAAACCAGUAGCGGAAAAACAUGUCAGUCCUGGUCCGCCAAGACCCCGAACAAUCACGGUUUUCUCAGCCAGAACUUCGACAUCACCAACGGUGCAGCAAACCUCGGCUAUCCUCAGAACUACUGCCGUGAUCCAUCUUCAGGCUCCAACCCUCCAAUGGGGACGUUGUGGUGCUACACUGCCGAUGGUGAAGGGUGGGACACAUGCACGGCCCAUAAGUGUCCAUAAGUGUCCAUAAGUGUACACAAGUGUACAUUAGUGAAUCUUGAAUAUCAACACAAGAUUUGAAUCGUGAAUACUGUUUCAAUAAUAAAUUCUGAAUUGAAAAAAAA